AUGUCUGAAAAGCCGGAGUUACAGGUUACCACACCCAACAAGAGUAUCCUUAAUGAUAAGUGGGAUGUUGUCCUCUCGAACAUGUUGGUAAAGACAGGCCUCGGUUUUGGCGUCGGUGUAGUAGGCUCUGUGCUUUUCUUCAAACGCCGUGCUUUCCCUGUUUGGCUAGGUAUAGGCUUUGGUCUUGGCAGAGGCUAUGCUGAAGGAGAUGCCAUCUUCCGCUCCGCUGCCGGACUAAGGUCAGUCAAGGCCUAA